AAACAAAGCAACAUCCCGUCAAACGAUGCCGGCUGUGGUGUAGUGUUGAUAUUUUUAUGAGCACUUAAAACCUUACUCACAGCCAAUCGUGUCCAAUACGACGUAAAAGUCUCGAGUCCUUCCUGUAAGACACCUUUUUUGGGUAGAUUUUGGAAUUUUGGGCCCAUUUCGUUAUACGUAAAAAUGCAUUCCGCUUAAACUCUUGGACUGGUUUAAAGAAAAGAAUAAAAGUUUUUUAAAAAUGGCUGGAACGGUUUUGGAAAAUUUGAGCAACCGGAAAUUGUUCGUCUUAACGUCAACUUUGCUUAUUUGUCAAGUCGUGUGUUUCCUGAUUGGAGGUUUGAUCGCUCCUGCCCCCUCCCGUGCGACAUGGAUGUUGGGCACUAAAUGUUUGGACAAGGAGGCGAACCGGAGCAAAUGGACGUACCCCCGGGGGGCUGGGAGAUGUCCGCAAAUUUCGGAAUUGGAACAUGACCUCCACGCGAACCAGAUCGUCUUCUCGUUUCAAAUACCUUUCGUCAAGGAGAACGUUGUUCUGGAUUUUUCACGCUGGCAACAAAACUUGAUUGGAAUUCUGCAACUGGAAAUUCAUUACUCGAAAGAAACUCCUGUCCAGGAUGGAGCCAUGCUCAUGCUGGACACGAGGCUGGCCUACAGGAACAAGUGGGAUAAGGACUCGGACUGGAAAUUGUACGCGGAAUCGAUGGAGGAAAGGACGCUUGAGUGCGACAUCGAGGAGGAGAAGGAAGGUCACACUUAUCACUGCGGUCUCAUCCCGUUGUUCGAGUUGGGCUCGCUACACCACGAUUUUUACCUGCUCAACAUCCGAAUCCCGGACGCAGAUGGGCAUGAGUACAAUCGGGGAAUCGGAAUGCUGAAAGACUUAAAUUUGGUAACGAUCCACCAAAAUGGGGGGUUCACGAAGGUGUGGUUAUCCCUGAAAACGGUCUUCACGCCCAUCGUCCUAGCCGUAGUGAUUUGGUACUGGCGACGAGUUCAGGCGCAAGCCCGACCGGCCGCAUUGUUGGAGAAGAUGAUCCUAUUUCUCGGAUGUGCGAUCGAGUUUCUGAACUUUCCCAUCGAAUGGCUCACACUGUUUAUCGACAUGCCGUACAUGCUGCUGCUCAGCGACAUUCGCCAAGGGAUCUUCUACGCAGCGUUGCUCUCCUUCUGGCUCGUCUUCACGGGCGAGCACCUCAUGGAGUCGACCGGUCAUCGUAACACGCUCCAAACUUAUUGGAAGCACUUGAGUGCGGUAGCCUUCGGGUGUCUGUCCCUCUUCCUCUUCGACCUAUGCGAGCGUGGGGCGCACGUCGCGAACCCGUUCUAUUCCUUGUGGGCGACCCCGUUCGGGACACGUCUCGCCCUCGCGUUGAUCAUUGCUGCGGGGAUUUCCGCCUCCCUUUACUUCGUCUUCCUCUCCUGGAUGGUGUGGCGUGUGUUUCGAAACAUUAGCAGCAAGCGGACAGCACUUCCAGCCAUGUCGGAAGCUCGCCGACUUCAUUAUCAGGGCAUCAUCUACCGCUUCAAAUUCCUCAUGGUUGCCACCCUCACCUGCGCCGCCAUGACGGUCAUCGGUUUCAUCCUGGGACAAGUUACCGAGGACAAGUGGAAAUGGGACGGCGACGUCGAGAUCGAAUACACUUCCGCCUUUUACACCGGAGUUUACGGAAUGUGGAAUAUUUACACGAUGGCGUUACUCUCCCUGUAUGCACCCUCGCACAAGCGGUGGCCCCCAGAAAGGGACCCAUACGCCUCCACAAACAGUGGCGCUGAAGAGAUCGAGUUCAGUCGUUUGGAUGCCGACACCUCAGAAAUUUCGGCGUUGGCUUCUUUCGCAAAAAAAGUUGCGGCCGACUAAAAAAAUCUAUUUUUUGCAUGUCAUAACGAAAAGUAUUAUUAUCAAUAUUAUGAUUUUGUCUUAAGCUCGCUUUCAGUGUGUAAAACAAGUACUUAAUCUUUUUUAUCUGAGCAUUUUUAACCCACAUUUUUAUAUCGGCGUCAUGUCAUGUUUUUUAAUUUGAAUAAUUCCGCAAAUACGUAGAUAUCUAUGUAUUUUUAACUUAAUCCCUCUCUCUACGUCACGUAAUACACAAUGACUCGAGAAGAGACGCGCUGACUAAUGGAUAAUUCCAGUUUCGUGCUGUUUUGCGAUGUAUAAAUUUAAAUAUACAAUUGUGACGUCAAACCUAUUAUCAUCUGCUUAUCGCUCUGCUCUGUCUCCUUUAACCUAUUCAAUCAUCAGAAAAUUCAGGCGUUGUAAAAUUAUAAUGCAAACAUUUAUUUACCUAAUGGAGCAAAACAUUAGGAGGCAAUGACGUAAAAAAACUGAGGUGGUUUGGUUGUUUUGUGAAUGUCUGAUAAAAUUUACACAAUGAUGAUGAUGAUGAUAAUGCCAAUUGUAUAUCAGAUUAUUAUACGCUUUUUUAAAGUGGUUUGUAUUUUAUAAAUAAAUUCUUAUCAAAUGUAUAUGUCCAAACAAA